AUGCUUGCAGGAUCGUUGUACGACACCUCUCGACGUGGUGGAAACAGCGGACGUUCGAACAACGGAAGGACAGGAGGCGCUAAUUCGUUAUUAAAACAAGCUAUUGCGAAUCGUUUGAAGCCUAAUUCCGAGUUCACUGGGCCAGGUGGAAAACCCGAAGGAAACGAAGGUCUUGAGGAUAGCAUGACCAAAAGUAUUGUUAUGAAUCCUGCGUGGUACCGGGACGAUGAAGGACGUACCGGCUUCAAAACUAGAGAAUGGGAAGACGUUCCUAAUCUACAGAAAAAUCAAGUCAAGGCAAGGAGGAAGCAUAAAUCCGAUGAGACAGCAGCAACAGCAGAACCGAUGGAAGCCAUCGACCAGGACUUGUGGAAAAAUAACGAAGAAGAAGAAAGCAAGGUAGAUGCCUCGAAUGAAGGAAAGGAGAGCCGAAAGAAACGACAUCGGAGCAAAGAUUCUUCUCAGCAGUUACAGGAAGCCAUGGAAUCUUUAGAGAAAGUCGUGGAACCUCAAGAAAGCUCAGAAGAGAAGAAGAAACUCACCAAAGAAGAAAAGAAGGCUCUCAAAGAUAAGGAGAAGGAAGAGAAGAAAGAACGCGAUGAACGUGAGAAAGAAGUGAAACGUCAAGCCAAAGAAGAGAAGAAGAAGGAGAAGGAACGAGAAAAGGAAGAGAAGAAGCUCCAGAAACUAGAAAAGAAAAAUAAGAGUCAAACAUCUCUUAACAAGGUUGAUGAUGACUUGGAAAGCCAAAAAAAGAAGUCGAAACCUUCUUCAUCAUCUACGAAAGAUGAUAUCAGCGAGAAACAUAGAGACGAGAAACCAAGAGGAGAACGGGAACCAAAAAAAUCUAGAAGUCGGCGAUCAGAAAGUACUGAGAAGCAAUCAUCAGAAGCCAGACCUGAGAAGCAUAAAUCGGAUGAAACAAAGACUCUCCCUCCAACAGAAAGGAAAACCAAAUCAUCAGAUGUAGAAGACAAGAGGAAAAGUAAGAGCUCAUCAAAAUCUGAAAUUACGUCUUCUAAAAUGAAAUCUCCCGUGACGCGUCAAGAUUCGAAUGACUCUGUCGCUUCUAGCGUGAAAUCGACAAUCACUGUUCGCGAAGCUUCUGCUUCUAUACUUUCACCAAAAACGCAUAGGAAGCCACCUUCUGGGCGUACCACGCUCAGCAGUCCACAAACUUCAACUUCAUCUCCGGAAGAUGAGAAAACUACUAGUGGACGAACGGUUUCUAGAGAUCGACGACCACGAAAAGAAACGAUCGGUGAACGUCGAGAUUCUUCAGUAAGUGAAUCCUCACGGAUUUCAGCUGUUUCUCAUAAAAGCGUCACUUUCUGCGAUCAUAUACAGACACAUGAAAUUGAACGUCUUGAGUUUUCCUCGAGUGAAGACGAUGUUGCUGUUAUGAGUGAUGAUGAGAUGAGUAGAUCAGAUGUGAACAAACGACGUACUUUCAGUCAUCUUCUUCAAAAACGACAAAAUGAGGAGAUUAACAGACCACAAUCUCUUCAGAUGUACAAUGAAGACGAUGAUUUCGAAGAGCAGGAAAGACGAGUUGAGCAAAUGAUUGAAAUGGGUCAAAUUCCUCAAGGAUAUCCAAUUUAUAAUGUUGGCAAUGUUUCUGAGAAUGGAUUUUACACUGAAGACGAGCAUGAAGAUGAAGAAGGGAGUUAUAUUUCCCUCGAUCGAUUACCAGCUACUGUAAGGAAAGCUAUUGUAGCUGAAAUGCAACAACGUGAUCUUCGUGGAUUUGACUGUGCUCCGAUGGGUUCAAUGACAAGGUUGCACGAUCCUGGAUCAUCUCCUUCUCUCUUAUCUUAUCCUCCUUCUUUACCACGUUCAGCUAGUGGUUACUUAGAACAAGAUGAAGAAAUGAUGAGCCGUUCAUAUCAAAAUGCUAUGUAUGGAACUGCUUUUCAUCAUUCUUCACCUGAUUCUCAAACUGAGCCUCCAGAGGAGAAACCCAUGCCUGAUACAUCAGAGUUUGAUCGCCAACGACGAUUACAAGAAUCAUUUUAUGAUAACGUUCAUAACAUUCCUUCCCGAACAAAUUCUCUUCUCAUGCCAAACCAACAAUCGGAAGUACUCUCCGAUAGAAGGAACUCCGAUACUACCACUAUCCACACUAAUCCUUUGUCGCAGGCGAUAGAGAAACGAUCGAACAUUAGCAUCGAUAGAGCGCAAUUCUUUGAUUCAACUCCGGCGAGAGAAGCCGCAGAAACUUCCCAACUGCUUCAAACCCCAACUCCAUCACCACCUCGGCUGGUUGGAGCUCCACCACCUCAACGUCUUCUUCUAACUUCAACUGUAACAACGACAUCUACGAAAACUAAUCGUACACAGAUUGUUGAAAAGACAGAAAAAGCUAAACAGAACGAAGACGCUAUGAAACGUCAAUUUUUAGCAAAAUUCGGAAGUAGGAAAGCUCCAAUAGCAGAGGAAGAUCCAACAGAUCCCGUCCAUCCGAUGGGCUCUCAAGAAAGUGUUUUAUCAACAGAUUCUCGAGAAAGUGUUGUGUCAGCAGCUUCAAUCAAAACAGAAACAACAGUUCGUCGGAACUUCAACUACUGA